AUGGGAGCUAUUGACUGGCCAAUACUUAGCCCCAUACAACAUAGUCAGCCUGAACACCACUCUGUGAACUUACCUCUAAGUUUUGCUGCACCUUCUUAUCGCACAAAACACCGGAAGCAAGUCUCGGCAGUUGCACAGCAUAAGAAGAAAAAUAAGUUGCAUUUACAUAUUACCUACCUUUUCACAAAAAGAAAAAUAAGUUGCAUGACCGAAGUGCCAAAUUGGUUGUUGCAGGAGGAAGUUGCAAAGGAAUUGGGUAUACCUGUUCCAUUUCAGCGUUUCUGGAUUUGGGCAAAGCGGCAAAAUCACACUUAUCGGCCUAAUCGUCCAUUGAGUCCACAGGAGGAAUUACAAACAGUUGGGCAGUUAAGAGAAGUUUCUAACAAAACCAACACUGCGGAACUGAAGUUAUUUUUGGAAGUGAACCAUGGGCUGGAUUUGCUUCCUAUUCCUCUACCUGAAAAAAGUAAAGAUGAUAUACUCCUUUUCUUCAAACUUUAUGAUCCUGCGAAAGAAGAACUACGUUAUAUUGGUAGGCUGUUUGUGAAGAGUUCCAGUAAGCCAACUGAUAUACUUGGAAAGCUGAAUGAAUUGGCUGGAUUUGCUCCCGACCAAGAAAUUGAGCUUUUUGAGGAAAUAAAAUUUGAACCUUCUGUCAUGUGUGAACGCCUAGACAAGAAGGCUUCUUUUCGAUUUAGCCAGAUUGAAGAUGGAGACAUUAUCUGCUUUCAGAAGAAACCUUCUCCUGAAGUUGAAGAGCAAGUCCGAUACCCGGAUGUUUCUUCAUUUUUGGAAUAUGUGAAAAAUCGCCAGAUUGUCCAUUUCAGAGCUCUGGAGAAACCAAAGGAAGUUGAUUUCUGUCUGGAGUUAGCAAAAAGCAACACAUAUGAUGAAGUAGUGGACAAAGUAGCUCAGCGUCUUGGUGUGGAUGAUCCUUCAAAAAUUAGGCUGACUCCUCAUAACUGCUACUCACAGCAACCAAAGCCCAACCCGAUUAAGUAUCGGUCUGUCGAUCAUCUGGUUGACAUGCUUAUCCACUACAAUCAGAUCUCUGAUAUUCUGUAUUAUGAAGUUCUGGACAUCCCUCUGCCAGAGUUGCAAUGUCUGAAGACACUCAAGGUCGCCUUUCAUCAUUCCACAAAGGAUGAGAUUGAAAUUCUGAACAUAAGAUUGCCUAAGCAGAGUACUGUGGGUGAUGUGCUUAAUGAAAUCAAAUCAAAGGUUGACUUGUCUCGUCAAGAUGCAGAACUUAGAUUACUUGAAGUCUUCUAUCACAAGAUCUAUAAGAUCUUUCCACUCACUGAAAAAAUUGAGAAUAUAAAUGACCAGUACUGGACAUUGCGGGCAGAGGAGAUACCAGAAGAAGAGAAAAAACUUGGUCCCCAUGAUCGUUUAAUUCAUGUUUACCAUUUCACGAAAGAGACUCCACAGAAUCAAAUGCAAGUACAGAAUUUCGGGGAACCUUUCUUUCUGGUUAUCCAUGAAGGUGAAACUUUAGCUGAGAUUAAAGUGCGCAUUCAAAAGAAAUUGCAGGUUCCAAAUGAGGAGUUCUCUAAGUGGAAGUUUGCAUUUUUAUCAUUGGGGCGCCCAGAUUACCUUCAGGACUCUGACAUUGUAUCCAGUCGUUUCCAGAGAAGAGAUGUUUAUGGUGCUUGGGAACAGUAUCUUGGGUUGGAGCAUGCAGAUAAUACAACUAAGAGAGCUUACUCAGUUAGCCAGAACCGACACACCUUUGAAAAGCCUGUCAAGAUAUACAACUGAAAGGUCUUGUAAUUCACCGCCCGUGCAAUGGAGCUAGCGAAUGACCCUCUCAUUAUAGAAGGGACACGUAAAAGUUUUGAGAGCUGUGGAAUGACGACGGGGAAGGCAGAGAAUUGGCAUCAAGUUCAUUCAGUUAGAUAAAGGGGACUUGCAUCCUCUGUUUUCUCAAGGUGAUUUCUUCAGUUUCGGCUAUUAUUCUUCCUUUGAUUUGGUUGGGGAAGAGAAUGUUGUACUCGCUCCUUUCUUUGUGGUUAGGAUGUGGCUUUAGUUAUCGUCGUCAAUCUUCCGCGUUAUUGCUCUAUUGAGGGCUGGGCUUCUUCACCCUUCCCCCCUUUUUUUACAAUUUUUUAUAUCUUUUCACGUCUUUUGCAUUAUUUCUCCUGCAUAGAAGAUUUUGAAGGGAAUGUAUAGUUUGAUAGUUCGGCACAUUGUAGAUUUGUGAUAUCUGUUAAUCCUUUUCUCCCGUCCCCUCUUCCAGCUGUAUGUAAUAUCGUGUCAACGGGCAAUGGGUUGUAAAAUUUUGUCUUUUUAUAGUAGUAAUAUAUAGUUAAGUGUAUGUUUCUUGGUUU